AUGAAUCCUAAGGCAGUGGAAAAUGGAGUGGCCUGUGCCAAGGUUGUCACAGAGAAUGAAGGAAAAGCGAAGAAGAGGAAACCAAGAGCAAAGAAGAUGAACAAUUUGUCGCUGGACGAGGUACGAAAGAACCACGUUGUAUCCGAAAAGAGAAGACGUGAGUUGGUUAGGGCCAUAUAUGAUGACUUGGUUAACAUAGUACCAGAUCUCCGUCCCAACGAGAACAGAUCGGAAAUGGUGAUAUAUUUGAAGACGAUGAAUUAUCUGAAAUGGAUUUAUCGGCGAAAUAGACAUCUGAGAAGUCAGCUUUUACAGAACUACAGUUCUGAUUCAAACAAAAAAAUACCUGAACAUCUUAUAUGGGAAUUUUGCAACGAAUCUGACCUGCGGGAAGAGCAGAAAUCGUCACCACAACUACAGGACGUGCAUAUGAUAGACAAAUUACCUAGUUCUAAUUAA